CUGCCGUGGUGACGUCACGGUUGCCAUGGCGAGGCCGGCUCGGUCGAGACCCUAGGCUGGUCCAGCUUUGAAGCCCCGGUCCGCUGGCACCAUGAGCGGCCGGAGUAGGGGUCGAAGGUCUUCCCGCGCCAAAAGCCGGGGCAAAGGCCGGGCCAGACCCCGGGUCCGCGCCGCCGAAGACGAUGCCUGGCGUGACGCGAAGUCGCCGCAGGACCCGCAGCUCGGGGAGGAUGACGCCGCCCCGGAGGAGGAGGCCGAGCAGGUGCAGGCCGGAGCUGCUCAUGGAGGCUCGGAGCCAGCCGAGCUCGGGGAUGAAGCGGCUCGCCGCCUCCCGCUGGACUGCGGCCUGGCGCUGCGAGCACGGGCUGCCGCCGCCGCCGCUGCUGCUGCUGCUUCUGCGGGCGAGCGCGGGCUGGCCGCCACUGACCCGGGCCUGGAGAGGGCCACCUCCCUCGCCGAGCGCCUAGCCACCGACACCGGCUUCGUGGGAACCGUGGGAGCCUUGGCGAGGCUGCGACACCGUCUUGCAAGCCGGCGAGCGCACGGGAGGAAGGCCACAGAUGCCCGGAACGCCGCAGCGGGGAGGGGACCUCAGGCCACAGUCAGUGGGAAGCCAAAGAUGGGCUCUGCUGGGCCUUGCGUCGCUGUCCCAGCGGGGGAGGAAAGGAGGGUGGCGGAGAAGCAUGCUGGGUCAGUGUCCUCCAUGACAAUAGGCAGCAUGGAUACCCUGGAGACGGUCCAGCUGAAGCUGGAGACCAUGAAUGCACAGGCCGACAGGGCCUAUCUCAGGCUCUCCCGCAAGUUUGGCCAGUUGCGACUUCACCAUUUAGAGCGCCGGAACCUGCUCAUCGAGAGCAUCCCGGGCUUCUGGGGACAAGCAUUUCAGAACCAUCCCCAGUUGUCAACUUUCCUGAAUACCAAAGAUAAGGAGGUGUUGACCUACUUGAACAGACUGGAGGUGGAAGAGCUUGGCCUCGCUAGAUUGGGCUACAAAAUCAAGUUCUACUUUGGCCGAAACCCUUACUUCCAAAACAAGGUGCUGGUCAAGGAGUAUGGGUGUGGUCCCUCGGGCCAAGUGGUGUCUCGCUCAGCUCCAAUCCAGUGGCUCCCAGGUCACGAUCUACAGUCCCUGAGCAAGGAAAACCCCGAAAAUAACGGUAGCUUCUUUGGGUGGUUUUCAAAUCACAGCUCUAUCGAGUCUGACAAGAUCGUCGAGAUCAUCAACGAGGACCUGUGGCCCAAUCCUCUCCAGUACUACCUGAUCAGCGAAGAAGCCCGUGGAGAGAAAGGAAAGGAAGAAAGGCCAGGUCCAGCCAAACAGCCCCGGGAGACCGCCGCAGCACCUGGGGCCAAGCCGUCCAACUGACACCAUGGUGAAGACAUCCCUAGUACCUCCUGCUGGACCGGCUAGGCUGACCACGUGGCUUUGGAUGUCUGCCGUCUGUUGAUGCCGUCAUGGUACACGGUAGCCACCUUGGACAUCUCUCCAAGAACGUGGCAUCUGUGGAUCCUCCUUUGCUUCCCCCAUGGCCUCUCCUUGUCACAACGGUGUCACAUGUCGUGUGAGCUCGCCCUCACUUGCUUGUGUGUUAAGCGGUCAAGGUGUACAGCAACCUCUCACUCUCCACAGACCCUGCUCUUAGCUCUGGCCCUGUUCGCCUGUCUCUCACGUGGACAUUCUGAGUCAUCGCCCAGAUGGAGACUCGAGCUGCGGGGGCGGGGCUCCGUGGCCAGUCCGCUUCGUCUUCAUCUUAGCCAUGCAUGCUUAUCAAUGGCCAAAUUUCCUGUUGCCAGCACAACAAAAUGAAGCUAGUGCCCAUGGCGUUGGCCACCAGCCAGAUUUAUUGUCCUGUGGGUCUGGGGACAGCAACCAAGGUUCUUCCUGUUUUAUUCCCAGCUUCAGCCUAGGGUCCAGCAGACUCCUGGGUGCAGAUGAUGAGGUCACGGGUCAACAGGAGGAGCAAGUCCUGUUUCCUUCACCUCCUGCAAACUCUUCUUGCCUGUGGGCCAGCCCGCCAGUGAACCUUCAUCAAGGUCUGGUCAUGCCCGGUUGCGGCCAGUCCACGGACUGGACUGUUGGCUACGUUGCUGUUGGCUCCAACCGGCUUGUUCAUGAACGAUCUCAAGAACCGCCUAUGGACCCAGGCACCCUCCCAGUGCAUGCGCUUUCAAACCUACCCUCCCCAGACUUCAGGAACCCUACUGGCGGGCAGCCUGGCACUUGUGAACAGUAUGCUUCUUGCUAUCAUGCUUUGGGCCACAGCUUUGUCAGCUAGGAGUGGAGGAGAUGGUCCUUGGACCCUGUGUGCCUUCUGCCUCUCAGCAUCCAUCAUCAGCUACGAGCAACCACAUUUCAUCUGUAGCUCCUCUUCCUCCCGCGUUGUUGACUGAAAGCCCAAGGUACUCUGCCCGUACAGUCAGACGUACUUUGGGAGGUUGGGGCCCUGGCAUUGGCAGUUGUGGGGUGCGCUCUCUCGAUCCCAGCAAGGCAGCUUCUUCCGUCGUGUGCAAAUUAACAGUUUUCCAGAAAUGGGCCUCACAAGUGAGUCUUCACAGUUAGUGAAACUCAGAGGGUGAUGAUGAGGAUAGUCCCCCACAUCCACAAAAGAAGGGGCCAUUCUGCUGUAAAUCUGUCCAAGACCCUUCGCAAUACCCGUCUUGUGUGUAACAUAGAGACUUGUGUGGACUGUUAGGGUUGCUGUGCUCUGUGAAAAUAAUCCCCCCCCCCAGCAAAUCUUCUAUUGGUUGUUGUAGUUGACGUUUGAUACCCUGGUAAUAAUGCAAUUAUUUCCCUGUUACUAAGCAGCAUAAAUCCUUGCAAGUGUGCAUGUAUGGUGGAAAAAUGAUAAUAAAAAUUCUUGUGUUACUGUUCUA